UGUAUCAUGGCUCGGAUCAAAACGACGCUUGUUGUGUAUUUAAUUCUUAAUAUUUAUAUACACAAAACAAUAGGGCAAACUUGUUCCAAUGGACGAACUAGAGGCGAAGGAAACCCAGAGUCAAAGGAUGACAGAAUAGACACGUUCGGGACAGGAUUAGGAAUCCUAUUAGAUGCUACAGACAAUGAAUACAUGAUCAACUGUUGUGGAGUUGUUUCGAGGUGGGAGUUUUACGUCAAAACAAACCCAGGAACAGUACAGCUACAGAUAUGGCGGCCAGAGGGGGGAGGGCAGUUUAAACUGAUGGGGGAGAACAGUUACACAGUGGCAGUUGGAGACGAAGACGACGAAUUUCUGUACACGGUUCCAACAAACGAGAGGAUUUCGGUACAAAACGGGGACUACAUUGGAUUUUACACGGCUGGACAGCCCAUGAUCUCUCACAAGGUUGAAGGAGAUGGUUCUGAUGGAUAUACCUACUCUACAACCAUAGGCGCCCAGACUGUGGGCACCUCAUACAACUGGGGAUCUCAAACUGCCGAUACCAGAAAGGAAUACGCUAUCAAUGUUCAGCUGCAUCCUGGUAAUUCACCAUCGCUCUCUAAUCUGGACGCCACUGUUACUUUUCCGGAUAAUACUGUCGCCAACACUCUGAUGUUUACAGUGACCUGGAGUGACAGCGACCCUCUUGAUAUCCUAACUGCUGUCAUGACAACAACAACAACAUCCUUCUCAUUUGAUACCGCAAAUGGAGAGGUGAAAAAUACAGGAGCACUGCCGAAUGGAAACAAUCGACUGUCAUUCAGAGUAACUGACGACUGUGGAAGAUCAGACACAGGGACCCUGACAAUAUCCGUCUCAAACAGUGUACCUGUGAUAACCAACUUGCCGGCUACAGCGGACAUUACAGAAGAUCAUGCCAGCGAGCAGCUUCUAUACACCCUUACCGUCACCGACGCCUCUCUUGCAGACACCAUAACUUGUAGUAUCGCCAAUUCUAAUCCCACCACAACCAAUUUCUUCUCCAGGAUAGUUUCUGGUUCCACAAACUAUGGUAUUUAUAUAAAGGCCCAACCGUCGCUCUCAUAUGACACAGCUCGUCAGUAUGUACUGACCAUUUCGUGUACGGACACAAAAGACACAGCUCAGGGGACAUUUACUGUGUACGUCACGAGGAACAACCCGCCGGUGUUUACCAACCUUCAAGCCACGAAAACUAUAGCCUCAUCCACUACUACUACUGGUUCUGUUAUAUACACGGUGUCGUCAACAGAUUCCGAUUCAAACCAGCUUUAUUAUAACAUGACGUGUUCUCCCACGGGUUGUCCAUUCACAAUUCAUAACUCAGGAGAAAUUCUGGCUACCUCGGAUUUAUCGCAGCAUACUGUGCCAGGCUAUGAUUUAUACGUGUACGUUAGUGAUGGGAAAACUCUUGUAGGACCAAGAACACUCACUGUUAUAAUUACUGGUAUAAACUCGGCCCCCGUGAUAGUUAACUUACCCCUGGCGGCGCCCAUUACUGUGCAGGAGAACUCCGCUCUCUCUAUGUCCGUAUUCCAAGUCUCCGUGUCUGACGUGAACUCGGCUGACACCCAUACCUACGCUGCCUCUUACAACCCUAGUCUGGGAUCCACACUUUUAUCACUCAACACGGCUACUGGCCUUAUAUCCACCUCAUCCACACAAAGCAUUAACUAUGAGUCUGUGUCUACCACCGCCACGACUUACGUCAUCAUUAUCACCGCCACCGACGGACAAGCUACCGCCACAGGCACGCUCAGUGUCGUUAUCACUGAUCAAAACGAGGCGCCCGUGUUCGGAAAAGAUUCUUACGCCAUUUCUGGCAACGAAGGAUCGGCUGGGGCAACUGUGGGAAAUCCUUCAUUUGAUGUCACUGAUCCUGACGCUGGUGAAACUUUGUCCUACUCAAUUGAUUGUCCAACGUUUGUUAUGAAUCCAAGCACAGGAAGUGUAACGUUUAGCCAUGAUUACGAUUUGGAUACAACUGGUACAGCCUCCACUGUCACGUGCACUGUGACUGUCACAGACGGAGAUCUGUCAGACACAGCAUCAUUGGUUGUUACCAUCAAUGACGUCAACGAUAACACGCCCACUUUCGGAAGCUCCACCUACACCUUUUACGCUCAGCCUAGUACAGGCGUUGGAACAGUUCUUGGAUCUAUAGCAGCCACAGAUGGUGAUGUGGGAUCAUUCGGCACUGUGUCUUACACAAUAGACCAGACAAGUUUAGGAUACGAGUACUUCGGUGUACAAAGUAACGGGGACUUUUACGUGAAGAAUGGCCUGACUUCCUUUUCCUCUGGAACAACCGUCACAAUAACGGCUACUGCACAGGACUCGGGGGGACUUCAAGACACGGCCCCUGUGACUAUUGUUAUUCCUGAAUCCACCACUGCUGCACCUACAACCACCACUGACCGUCACGUGACGUUCCUAGAGGACUCUCGGAAUAUAGCCUGGGUGACAGUAGCGAGUGUUCUACUGGCCGGUCUGGUUAUAUUCUGGGGCUAUCUGUUUGCUCGGUUUGGUAGCUUUCCUUGUAAGAAUGGUUCCUACAAACCAAACGCUAAAAAAAUAAGUCGGUGGCCUCCCUUUGACCACAACGAAAAUGUCAGAAUAUCAAAAAAAAAACCUACCAAACACAGCUGGAAGAAUGCAUCAUGGGAUACGAAUUUCAAGUAUGGGCAUGACAUAGCACAACAUGUUUAAUUCCAAAUAUACGGGAGACUGGUACAUUCAUUCAAUGUCCAAUGACAGCAUCCCAACCUACCCAAUUAGAACUUUGAAGAGACUCAGAAAAGGAACUUCGUAUUUUACCAACAUCACCAUUAUAAAAAACAUGUUUGCAACUCAUGUCUAUUCAAUUCACUUCGACGCAGUGAAAUUCAUGAAGAAUCUUAGUUAUGCCUUCAUCUUAUUUGUCAUAUGUCAAAUGACUAAUAUUUGUAUGUAACAUGUAUAAGUAGCAUGUGUGAAUAAAAAGAGAGACUAGGCAUAAGUUUUCGUAUUUCACCCAAGCCGAUUACUUUCUGUAUUUUGAAAAAGGAUUAUUCGGUAUUCGUCUUGAAAUGUGCCUGAAUGUAGAAAGCAAACAUCACUCAUUUUCAAAACUACUGGUGAAAUUCUGUAAACUUUGUCUUCAUUCAUCAUUAGCUAGAAGAUUUUUAAGUUCGUGCUUUCUUCCAAAGGGAAGACUUUCUAUGGCUCAUCAAAAAUACAAUAGAAUCUCAAGGAAUACUGAAACAAUAUUAAGACAAACAUUAAAGCUGCGUUUUUGUAUUGUAAAUGUAAAUAUUGUUUUGCUUAAUUUAAAUGUAGAUUCUAAUGAGGUCACAUAUUGAAGCUUUUCAAAAUUUUUCUUUCUUAAAGUUCAGUGUUAUAAAUAAACGAUAAAACAUGAACAA